UGCGCUUUACCCCGUUCAUUUGAUUUGGUUGGCUUGAAUCAAUUGCACGGAAAGUUUCAGACUAUAGACAAGAUGAAAGCUGCACUGAUCUUAGCAAUCGUGGCAUGCGCCUUAACCCUGGUGUACGGCGAUUUCGUUUGCGGCACUAACUACUGUAAGGAGCACCCUUGCACCACGAAAAUUGCAUCAUCAAGUUGUCGUGCACCGUCCACAUAUCGGGACUUGCACUCUGGCAAGUGUGCUUGCUGCCCGGCUUGCGUCACUUUAUUAUCCGAAGGAGCAGCCUGCAAGAAAUACAGCAAAGAAAUCGGAGAGACCCCAUCGGCGGUGUGCAAAGAACCCCUCAAAUGCCUCACCGGAGUGUGCACUAAAGUCACUCCCAGAGGUUAAAUCCCUUUUAAUAUUAAAAUAUUCCUUUCCACCAGCUUGCGUUACGUUAUACAAUGUAUCUACUUGACCUCGACCAGCAAAUACCUACUCUUAAUACUCACUAAUACCAUAUGUUUUCUGUGCUAAUACACUUUCCACCUUACAAAAAAACCACUUCAGUUUAUUAGGAUCUAUAACUACGUUUUAACCGAACCAUUUAGAACCGUUAUUAAAAGUAUUAAAUUAUGCGAUUGAAUAUAUUUUUUUAACCGAUAUCAAAAAAGGAGGAUUUUGUCAGUUCGACGAGUAAGGUUUUUUUAAUGUUUAAUACCUAGUUUGAAAGAGUAUACUUCGAGAUUGGGCCCAUUUCAUUUUCAUGAAAAUCGGUUUAGUAAUUUUGUGUUAAAAUCAAAAUAACUGAAAUACGUCUUUGAAGUCGUUUCCAUUUUUAUGUUAUUGAAUAAUUUAAUCAAUAACAUGCUACUAGUAUCCAAUUUGCAUGUACAAAUGUAAAAGAAAAUAUACGUUAUCUGUAUUUUCAGCCUUAUUUUAUUCAUAUACACGGUUAUGCAUAAAUAAUGGGUAUUCAAAUCAAAAUUAUCAUAUCUGAAAACAAGCAGAUUACAUUUUACUGUUUAUUAAACUGUGUAUUUCGAAAAUCAAUUGUUUCAAUAUGAAAAAUAAUAGUUAUUUACACAUAAAAACAAAUCCGCACAUAAAUAAUAUGAGCAAAUUGUAAUGGAGUACAUUUUAUAUCUAUUUAAUACGAUUAAUCGUUGUACAUAUAUGUUAAUUAUUACGAAAAAUUGGGAUCAAAAUGUUGUUUUCUGAUAAGGCUUUGUUUUUCUUUAUUACCAAAGAAGCGACAUCUAAGAAAAUAAAUCAUUUAUCAUCAUGUUUUCAGGUAGUAAUGUUAUAAGGUUUUGAUUUAUAAAUCUAUCAAUGUAUUAGGUAUAAGGUUCCCCAUGAAAUGUGACAAAUAACAAAAUAAAACAAUAUUAAAUUAAUAAAU